UUAAUUGUGAGAGAAAUAAAUAAAAUUGAAAACAGAAAUCACAAAAAUUCUCUUCUUCCCGUUUCGAUCACUUUCAUUCUCAUUUCAUUUUUCUCUUUGUCUUUUCGAAUCAAUAAAAAAAAAAAAAAAAACCGGAAACACUCUCUCACAGACUCUUUUUCUCUCCAUUUCUCUCAAACCCUAACUCGUACCAAAAUUUCUCAUCUGUCUCUCUCUAACUUUCUGUAUCCCCUUUUAAUUGGUAAUGAGGUUAUGGUUCGGUUCUUAUUGUUGUUAGGUUAACAUGCGACUACGUAUAAGCUGCUGCCGGUUGAUCACAUAAAAUCGACUGCUCAUUUCAUUAUUUAGGGUUUUGUUUUAGAUUGUCACAUGGCAGAAGCUUCAAAAGGCCGAGUCACUAUUACUCUCGGUCGUACUGGUCAGGUGGUAAAGAGAGCUGCAGUUGUAUCAGAUGUUCAGUACGGUGCUGGAAGCAAGCGUUCUGUUAGAGAUAGAUUAGGAACUAAUUUCGAUAGUUCUUCAUCGCGUGGUGGAGCCCAACCUAACAAUAAACGGCAAAGAGGAGAAAGUUAUCUGACAAGUUUGAGUUCUAACGGUGUUGAUGGUGAUGUUCGCAUUGAUAAGGAUGACUUGCGAUUGAAACUCAUGCAAAAAAAUGCAUCUAGAAGAGCUCCGAGCAAUUACGAGCAGAGCACAAUGGACCUCCGAGAAAAGUUGUCUAGGACAGUGCACCCUCCAGGCCCAUCACUUCGAAUUGUUGAUACACGGCAGCAUAUGCCUGCUCCAAAGGAGGCUAGUAUCUUGGGUCGAAUUCCUUCUACAAGAAGUGCAGACGAUUUGCCAAGGAUGGAUUCAUCAAGAAAUUCUUAUUCCCCUUGGACUUUGGAUCAUAUAAGAAGGAGAUCUCCUGAUAGAAUUAUAGGCAGUUCUAGGGCCUUAUCCCCUCCCAGAAAUGUAGAAGAAAUUCAAAGAAGGCCAUUAAGCAGGACACUCGAUGAUGCAAGGGCAGUUUCGUACAUGAGCAAGGAUGUUCUGGAUGGUCGAAGGCCUGUGGGUAGUUCCACCACAGCUUUCAUGGCAAAACCUGUUCUGCCUACAGUAUCCACAAAGCCUGCAGCACCUAUCUUGGGUCAAAUUCCUCCUCCAUGUGGUAUUCUACAGAAGGCCUCAUAUGCGGUUGAAGAACCACAGACUGUUGAAAGCUUGUUGCAUUCACUGGGACUGGGGAAGUAUGCCAUUCUUUUUAAGGCAGAGGAAGUGGAUAUGACUGCAUUAAAGCAGAUGAGGGAAAGUGACCUUAAAGAGCUGGGAAUACCUAUGGGGCCAAGAAAAAAAAUUCUUCUUGCUCUCUUGCCUCGUACCAAAAGGCAACCUUGAUGAUUGCUCUUCAAAGCAAAAGCGGUGUUUAGGUCAAAUUCUGUGAUGGGUGUCCCAUACGCUAAUCUUUUCCAUGAACAACCACCGUAUCUUUAUCAUCAAGAGUGGAUAUAAAGUGUGCCGUGAAUCAAUUGUCAAAUUUUUGCAUCACUCAAUUGGUUAAUAUUUUGACAGAUUGUGGCUAAAAAUUCUUGACGCACAUAUCGUUAGAUUGCUUUUGUUGUAUUAUUCUUUUUUUAAUGAUUGCCAACUAUUUUGAUAGAACUUACUCAUGGUAACCUGUAGCAAAUGUAAAGAAUUAACCUGGAUAUCGAUGUUACAUGUUAUGUAGCAUUUCCUGCUGAUGUAACAGGAAGGGGCUUUAUGAACAUGCUUAGUUUGAGAUGGUGUUAAAAGUAAUAGGAGAUUUAGGUUA